AUGGUUGUGAGUUUGAAAAAUUUUAAGCUUUUCAGCAAGAAAAAUUUUUACAGGUCAAAGUUACCACUGCUAUUCCAAUUGAGGAACUUGUCAAGAAGCACAGUGAUGUCAAUGAAUUCUUGAUCAAAAAAUGGGAGAGAAUCUUCAGCCUCUUCUUCGACAGAAACGCAUCGCAUCAAGUCGAUUGGGGAGAUUUCUAUUUGGUUGUCAAGGUGAGUCUGGUUGUGAAUUUAUUUGAAAAUCUAUAGAUUCCCUUUCAGAAAGUCCGUGACAUCUAUGGUGCUGAAUCGGUGCAAACAGAUUUCGCCAAAAAAUCAUUGGCCGCACUUUGGGAUGGUCUUUGCACAAUCGCCGACAAAGACAAGGAUCAAUUGAUUUCCAUCGAUGAAUGGAUCGGGCUUCUCAAGAAAACCGACGCGAAAAAUGAACCAAAAUGGUUCAAGGAUUAUCAAAACUUCAUGUUCAAGUUAUUCGACGUUUCGUGCGAUGGAGUUAUGGAUCUUGCUGAAUACACCGAUGGAAUGAAUACCUAUGGAUUCACACCUGCUGAAUGCGACGCGGCUUUCAGAAAAUUCUCGGUGGAUAAGAAGGGUCAAUAUGUUCCACAAAUGAAGCCGGAAGUUUGGAACACGUAUUUCCAUCAACUUUUCUACUCGACAAAUAAAAAUGACUUGGGAAAUCAUCUUUUCGGCGUCGUCAACUUCUAA